AUGGAUUGGAAUAUGGAUCCAAACUUUGACUUCAAAAACAUGGAAAUCACUGCCGACGACUUCAACGUCUUGAACGCAGACUUUGGCGAUUUCGAUCGAGGAAAUAUGCCCAUCUACGACACAAAUUACUGCGAAUCUCCUCAAGGCAACCCUGGCCAGGGCUUCGAUCCUUUAAGUACUCCAUAUCGACAGCCCAACACACCAUAUUAUCCUAUGGCGCAAGUUCAAGAGAGCCAAGGUCAAGCUUCUACCCAACCUACUACACAGACGCAAACUACUACAAGCCAAGAUUUCAAUUAUGUCCCUUAUACUCAUACAACUCAAGAUUUCAGUCGUAUCCCUUAUACUCAAAGAAGUAUCGCGAGCCUUGAGCAAGACCUAGAUUUGGCCAUAGAAAGCGGCAUGCCUUACAAAGAGACCCACAAGCGUAAAGACAGAAUAAGGGCUGCUAGGAAGGCACAGAACCUCCCACCUUCGAAGCCCAACCACUAUAACCGCAGAAGCAUUAAGAGUCUCGAGAAAGCCCGUGAUGAUGCGAGGGGAGCUGGAGCUAGCAGUCCCGAGUUGAAUAAGCAUCAACAUAGAAUUCACUCUGCUCAGAAGGCACAAGGCUUCGUUAAAGGACCAAAAGAAAUCAACCAGGGGACGCCGGAAGAGAGGAAGAAGAGAGAACAGGAAAGGGACGUAAGGAUUCGUAAUGCUAUAGCCGCAGAUCUGAAUAUAUCGGUGCGCCAAUUUGCCAAAUUGCCCUUGGAGGAGAGACAAGCUGCUAGAGAAAGAGGUCGUGCUAAAGGUCUAAUCCCCACCGCUCAGGCGAUCCUCCGGAAAGAACACAGCAUCACCGGGAGCAGCAGCAGGUCUUAG